GAACACCGUAAUCACAAUUUGUAUUUUGGUUUGUUUACCGUUGGAAUGCUCGUUUAUUUUCUCCAAGUACAAGGUUAUUUAAUGGGAGCAAGAUGUCUGAGUCUGUAACAUUGACUGAUGCUGAAAUCAGUGCUCUUGAGAGUAGUUCAUCACCAGCACAUAGUCCACAACAUUUUGAAGAGACAGACACCAUUGUAUUCAGUAAUUGCAAAACAGGAUUAGGGAUCAAGAUUGUUGGAGGUAACGGUGAGGAUGUUGCUGAUAAUGACUUUGGGAUAUUUGUUAAGAGAGUGAUUCCAGGAGGGCUAGCAUCAGAAAGCGGACAUCUUCAUGAAGGAGAUCAGAUCAAGAGUGUCAACAAUGAGAGUCUGAACAUGGUUUCAAAUGAAAGGGCUGUACAGUUGCUACGUAGUGCUUCAGCUUCAAACCGUGUAACACUUGUUGUCUCUAGAGGUCCACAAACAUUGAGGAGGUUUAAGAGGCUGAUAGAGAAUCAGUUAGCAAGACGAUCAUCUGGGCUCAGUUCCAGUUCAGCUUCUACUAGUUAUACCUCAUCAAGUGCUCAUAGACUAGCAUAUCCAGGUUUAUCAUCUCAAGGUUCCUCACCAACCUCCAGUGUAGAAUCAUUCACAUCAGCCGACCAAUCAGACAAUGAUGGUAGAAGGAGAGGUGUACUUCAUAUCAUCGUGAGUAAGGUAUCUGGUCUAGGUCUACACCUGUAUGGAGGUAGUGAUCAUCAGGAAGGUCCAGGUAUCUUUAUAGAUAGGGUCAUGGAAGGAGGAGACUGCUAUAGGGAUGGUCGAGUUCGAGCCCAAGACCAAUUGGUAGCUAUCAACGACCACUCAUUAACCGGAAUGACAUUGAAAGAUGCCCAAGCUAUUGUUACAAGAAUCAGUCUUAGGUCUGAUUUGAAUUCAGUGAGUUUGUCCUACAUUCCCAGUAGUAGAACACCAGUGAACAAAGACCGGGACCACACCCCAAGCUCACACCCAUCGGGUAUCAGCCAGUCUCUCAGUUCCCCUUACCAGUCACCCCAUCCCCAUUCUCAUCAUUCAUCCCCACAACUCAGUGGUAUGAUCCACAGUGAUGCAAGAGGUCAAAGGUCACUGCCUCAACACCACUCUCCUUCUCACCACUCUCCACAUGCCAGAGGGAAUGGUGCUGCUAAUAAUGUCCCUCAUCCUCACAUGCAAGGUAACACCCCUAUACCACAAUCGAAUCACCUGCAGCAGUCUAAUACUACCAGUCACUCAUCAGAAUCUACCAUGAUGGGGGGAGGGGUGUUACCUGAGAGGAGAUCCCCUGCUGUAGGGCAACCGGCCCCUAGCUUUCCUCCUACUCACAUGGAAAUGAAUCCACACUUUCAAGUAACCAAUUCCCCUGCCUUAAAAAUAAGGGUGGCUGCUUAUUAUUCUUUGCCAGGUAACCAAGCCCAGAUGUUUCUACCAUCUGCCCUCCCUCCUCACCUUCAACCUGGUACAUACAUGGAACCUAAGAUGACCUCUACACCAGAGGGAGUGACUACAAAUGGUGUCUCUGACAGGAGAUCAUCGGUGCCCUUACCCCCAGGAGGUGACCCCUCCCCAGUGCUUCCUCCAUACAACCUUAGCCAUUAUACCAACCAACCAAUCAGCUUCUCUGCAUCCUCAUCCCCCACCCAUAGUCCGGUGCCCCGCCCCCAUAGCAGACGACUAUCUAUUGAUCCACAAGUCAGGCUCAAGAUUGAUAAGCUUCAGGUGGCCCUGGAAUAUCUUGGGAUCCAUCCUAGUCCUAGUGAGAACCAGGAACUAUUGAGAAGACUGAGUAUAGAUCAGAGCGGCAUGGUCCCAUAUGGAGAGUUUGUAGCUGUUGCUAAGCAACUGUUUAACAUGAAGCUUGAUGAUAGUAACAUAGGACCAGGAUCACUGAGUCCCGGAGGGUAUGAUGUCACUGAUUUUUCUGCUCCUCCUCCAUUCCAACAUAGAAAGCUCCCCAGCCCCCCUCCUCCCAUACCUCCUCCAGUGGUAGCUCCAGCUCCUGGUUACUAUGCUGAGAUGGAGAAUCUUAGGAAACAGAGAGAUGAUGCCAUAAUAGAGGCAGAGAAACUCCAGCUUCUAGUACUGGAGAGAGAACGAUCGUUUUCUGCCGUAGAAGAUGAACUGCAGAGAAUAAGGAAGCAAGCUCAGGGUGCUAUCCAUGAGAGCAAAGCCUUGAAGUCUAGGGUUCAUCUGGCGGAGGUCGCCCAGCAGGAAGCUAGGAACAUGGAGCUAGACUAUGAAGAGGUCGUUGUCAUGCUGGAAGAUGAACUCAACAAGCUUAGGUCAAAAGUCAAGAAAAUGCCCAGGAACACGCGUCCAGAACCAGUGCCUGAUGGUCCCAAUGUGAGAGAGCUUCAGAACCGCUUAGCUGUGAUGGGCUGUGAGCUGAGGAAGACACAAGCCAGCAAGAGAACCUAUGAAGUAGCAACAGAAAAACUCCUCCACUUUGCUGAAACUGUACAUGAAGAUCUCACUGAGGGGCCAAAUGGAACUCUCAGUAACCGUCAUAACAAGGGAGAGAAUGCAAGACGAGGAACCAAUGGAUUCAGACCGCCUGGCUACCUUGGUAAACAUAAAGGACCUAUUGACCUUGCUACAGAGGCUAAGGAGACUGUAAAAGCUAUCAAGCAACUAGUGGAAUCUGAACCUUUACCACAUGGAUGGGAGGAGACCUACACACUAGAUGGGACAAAGUACUACUUAAAUCAUGUUACUCAGUGCACAACAUGGAUACACCCAUUGUCUGGUGUCAACCAUCUUCCUAGUAUACACGAGAGAGAUGAUCUACCAGAGACAAGGACUUGAAACCAAACAUCAGAUUACCAUCUACAUCCAUUGUCUGGUGUUAACCAUCUUCCUAGUAUACACGAGAAAGAUGAUCUACAAGAGACAAGGACUUGACACCAAACAUCAGAUUACGAUCUACACCUAUUGUCUGGUGUCAACCAUCUUCCUAGUAUACACGAGAGAGAUGAUCUACCAGAGACAAGGACUUGAAACCAAACAUCAGAUUACCAUCUACAUCCAUUGCCUUAUGUGUUAACCAUCUUCCUAGUAUACAUGAGAGAGAUGAUCUACCAGAGACAAGGACUUGAAACCAAACAUCAGAUCAUCAUGUACAUCCAUUGUCUAUUGUUAACAAUCUUACUAGUUUACACGAGAGAGAUGAUCUACCAGAGACAAGGACUUGACACCAAUCAACAGAUCACCAUCUACACCUAUUGCCUGGUGUUAACCAUCUUCCUAGUAUACACAAGAGAGAUGAUCUAUCAGAGACAAGGACUUGACACCAAUGAACAGAUCAUCAUCUACACCUAUUGCCUGGUGUUAACCACCUUCCUGGUAUACAUGAGAGAGAUGAUCUACCAGAGACAAGGACUUAACACCAAUCAGCAGAUCUCCAUCUACGGUACAUCCAUUGUAUGGUGUUAACCAUCU